UAUUUUUAAUUAUUUUUUAUUCUUUUCAUGUGGUCUAAUUUAUGAAACUCGUUUGAACAGGGGAAAUGUACUUUGACAUUUUUCUGAAAGUUGGAACAUUCAGGUCUGAAGGGGUUAAGGAAGGAUUGAUGACAAUGCUUUCUGUCCUCCUUAAAUAUCAUGGGCAUGACACUUGGACUACUGUGAAAGUACAAUCAGAGCUUACAGUGUGUGCUUGCUUGCUUGUAUGUUUAAUGUUUGUGAUCCUGUUUUGGCUGAGUUUGGAUUUAAAGUAAUUGAGCUAAACAAUAGCUACACUGCUAAAUGAUGGAUGUUCAAAGGUAUUUGGCUCGUAUCGGCUGUUCUGGUCCAUGUCCCCCGACACUGGAGACUCUGCGAUAUCUACACCUGAACCACUUACUGACGGUUCCCUUUGAAAACCUCACCAUUCACACCCGGGGUCGGGUCAGGCUGGAGCUGCCACUUCUGUAUGAAAAAAUCGUGGUGAAUCAUCGUGGAGGAUUCUGCUUUGAGAUUAACGGACUCUUCUCCUGGCUGCUGUCUCAGAUGGGUUAUGAUGUCACUUUGCUCUCGGCACAGAUCAGGAGUCGGUUCACCGGAGCUUACGGACCUCCAUUCGACCACUUGUUCUUGAUGGUGAAGGUGGAUGAACACAGGUGGCUCUGCGAUGUUGGGUUUGGGUCUGGAUUCCAGCUUCCUCUUUCUCUUGAGACUGACAGUCCUCAGAUCCAGAGCCACGGCGUUUAUCGCCUCAGAUCUGAAGGAAACUUGAUUUUCAUGGAAAGUAAGUCAGAGAUUGGUGGGGAAUGUUGGACAGAACAGUAUAAGUUCACUCUUGAGCCUCGAGACAGAGCUGAUUUCAGAGCCAUGUGUGACUACCAUCAGAGUUCUGUUAGCUCACUUAUGUUCUGUAAGUCUCUCUGUUCACUGUUGUUGCCCACCGGGAGAAUCACCAUCAUGGGCCGCAGACUGAUUAUAAGCAGUUUGGGCUCAGGUGAUGGAGAACAUGCAUCAAGAACCAUAACAGAUCUUUCAGAUGAAGAAAUCACAGAGCUGUUGAGGGAGAAGUUUGGAAUUGUUCUUCAAGCUCCACUCAUUCCUAAAGAUAACGUGGUUUUACCACCAAUCAAGUAUUAAGUGUUUGUUUAUUUGGUGGGUCUUUCUUGCACUUUAAAGAGAUUGUUAAUAAAUAUAACAUUUAUACAACAUUUAGGUUACUCACUUCAAGUUCCAAAGCCAGUUUUUUCUAUUUAAUACAAGUGACAGUGAAAAAACUACUAAGCAAUCAUUAGCUAUCAGUUUUUUGUUUGAUUGUUUUUAGAAUAUUACAUUUAAUCUAUAUAAUGAAUGUUGGCUAAUUGUAGCUAA